AUGACCGUAGAGCAUGAUUCAGUUAUAGAUAUGAACCAGGUGAUUUCUAUUCGUGGGCCAGACAUAUAUCAACCUAGUAUCCAUGCAAGCAUUAUAGAAAAGCAAGAAUAUGCAUGUAGUUUCGAAAAUCCAAAAAAAGCAAAACACAAGGGACGUCCAAAGGGAUCAAGUUUUACACAACAAGUUCUCCAAGAUUUAGACGUAGGGACUUCAAGAUCUACUAAACAGGCCAAUAUCGAAACAAAUGAUAGCAAUAUUAAAUUAAAACCGGGGAUUUGGUAUUGUG